GUCCUUUUGCUUAAGCAUCUAAUCCAUGUCUCUUUUUAAUUUAUUUAUAGAGAAAUCUCAACUGCCCUUUCCAAUGUAUCCAAAAAUAUUAGAAAAAGCUGAUGAGCACACAGCACAUAACGUGGACAAAAUAAUAAUAAUGAUGAGUGAAACCCGUGUGCAGUGAACAACUCCACUGCUUUUAACAUUUUCUUUUUUUUUUUUUUUUCUCUGCAAGAAAAGGAGAGCUUCAAGCACUGAAAAUGGAGGAUUUAAAGAAGAUGAAUGCUACGUAUUGCGUUACUGGUGCAAAUGGGUAUAUUGGUUCUUGGUUGGUCAAGCUUCUUCUUCAAAGAGGCUUUAUGGUUCAUGCCACUGUCCGUGAUCCUGCAAACAAAAGGUUAUUGCAUCUAUUAUCAAUGUGGACAGGAGGUGACCGAUUGAGAUUGUUCAAAGCUGAUUUGCAAGAAGAAGGUAGCUUUGAUGAAGCUGUGAAGGGCUGCCAUGGCGUAUUCCAUGUUGCAGCCUCAAUGGAAUUCAGUGUCAAUGUUGAAAACGGCAACAUUGAGAACUAUGUGCAGUCAAAUAUCAUUGAUCCUGCAAUAAAUGGAACUUUAAACCUCCUCAAAUCUUGCUUGAAAUCAAAAUCAGUGAAAAAGGUUGUUUUCACAUCAUCAAUCAGUACUCUAACUGCUAAAGACAGCACCGGAAAAUGGAGACAUGUAGUUGAUGAAACUGGCCAGAUUUCUGUCGAUCAUGUCUGGAAUUCAAAAGCAAGUGGAUGGGUUUAUGCACUCUCUAAACUUCUCACAGAAGAAGCAGCAUUCCAAUAUGCAAACCAGAAUGGUAUUGAUCUUGUUUCAGUAAUAACAGCUACUGUUGCUGGUGCAUUCCUCACCCCAACUGUCCCUUCGAGCAUUCAAGUUCUCUUAUCUCCAAUAACAGGUGACUCCAAGUAUUUUUCAAUACUAUCAGCAGUUAAUGCUAGAAUGGGUUCAAUUGCUCUAGUCCACAUUGAAGAUAUAUGUAAUGCACACAUAUUUCUAAUGGAGCACACAAAAGCAGAAGGUAAAUACAUAUGCUGUUCCCAGAGUUGUCAAAUGACUGAAUUAGUCGAUCAUCUUGCAGACGAUUAUCCUUCCUCAAAAAUCCAAAGAUCUACAGGGCAAAAAGAAGGUUGUUCCAUACCCUCUGAGAUUUCUUCAAAGAAAUUAAGGGACUUGGGUUUCAAUUAUAAGCAUGACAUUAAAGAUAUGAUCCACGAAACUAUUGCCUGCUCUGUAGAUCACAGCUUUUUACCGCCUAUGAGAAUAAAGGUCAUUACAAUUGAAUCAACUCCAGUACAAUUAAUAUCUGCUGUGAUCAUUGACAGAAACAAGUGCUCAAAAUAUACUGUGAUAUACUAAUAAUUCCUCGUACAAUAUGAUGAUUCGACAGCAGAAGUUCUUGUAUGAACCUAGUUCAUCACGUCUUAUGGACUAAUCACUUCUAUAAUGCCGCUAACAAUGCCAGAGAAAUUUCA